AUGUACGACAGUGUCCAGGCCGAGAUUGAUGAGUGGUUAAAAGAGAUUGAGAAGAUGGCAGAAAUCGCCCAGAGGCAGGCUACGAUGUUGUCGUUUCUAGCCCUUUCCCCUCGCUCCUUCACUGAUAAGGCCAAGCUGCCUUCCUAUGUCCUACCCACUGCCAGUACGAACCGAUUUUUCAAUCGCGACGAAGUCAUCGAGGAGAUAGAUCACCAACUCGGGGAGCAGAGAAUCGAUGGCCUGCGAUCACUUGCGCUCUAUGGCAUGGGUGGCGUAGGUAAGAGUCAUGUCGCUUUGAAGUACAUCGAAAAAAAGAAGGCAGAGAAAGGGCUCACUGCGAUAUUCUGGGUCCACGCUGAGAACAUAAUAUCCUUUCAGCAGAGCUUCACCGACAUUGCUCUGAGACUAGACCUCCCUGGAGCCCAGCGAACCUUGCUUGAUGAGAAUCGACUAAUCGUGAAGGACUGGCUUCAGCAGACGGCUUUUGGCCCAGCCAGUGGAGGUCUUGAGGUCCCCUCAUGGAAUACAGAGAAUGGUACCAAGUUCCUCUUGCACCUCCUAUCUGGUCAUAUCAGUGCAGACCUUCUGGCGAACGAAGCAAAGUCUGCAUAUAGUCUGGCCGAAAGACUCAGUGGUCAUGCGCUAGCAAUCUCGAACAUGAGCGGACUCAUUCAACGUCGGUCCUGGUCUAUUUCACAGCUUCUCGACAAUUAUGGAAGUAAUUUGAACUUCAAGGACGGUUUGGAGGCGGUCUGGAAGGUUUCCUUCCAGAACCUGAAGCCCGACAGCGCCGCUCUGCUGGCUGCGUUCAGCUACUGCGCUCCUGACAGAAUUCCUCAUUCGCUUUUUGAGUUGCAGGAAGCCGAGGACCUCCCUGAUAGCUUACUCUGGUUCCUUGAUGUGGAUAGGUGA